GUAGAGAAGUUAUCAAAACUUACCUGAACAAUGCAGGAAAACAUUCCCGCUGUGGUAUUGUAUGCUAAUAAAAAUACAUUGCCGUUGGAACGUAUCAACAUUCAUAUAUAUGCGUACUUUCCAUUGAUCAGUUGAUAUUCAGUAGUGACUGAAUCGUGACCGAUUUGAUUCACUGCAGACUACGUAUAAAUAAAGUGAAAUAUGUACGAAAAGCGCUACUAACAACAAUUUACAACAAAUUAAAAGUCACUUUGAGAUUUGUUUAAAAUUAUUAUACAUUGCUGCAGUCAAUUAUGGAUUUAAAUGAAAGAGUGACAGCUAACUCACAUAAUCAUAAUCAAAUUAUUAAAGAGGAAGAGAAAGUCACGUUGGAUACUAUUCUGGUUCAUAUCGGUCAAUUUGGUAAAUUUCAAAUCAAUAUCCUACUGCUGAUAUGCAUUCCAAUGAUGUUUAGUGCGAUAUUCUCGGUAGCUUAUGUAUUUACGGCCGGGACGGUGAUCUACAGAUGUAAUAUUACAGAAUGUGACGAUAUCGAUAGCAAAUACGAUGAACCAUGGACCGAAUACGCCAUACCCUACAAAAGCAACUCCGUUUUAGAUCGAUGUCAUCGUUAUGCUGCUAAUCUAACUGACAAUCUUACCAAUUUUAAUGCCGAAUUCAAUUAUAACACUAAGUGUAAAAAUGAUCACUUCGAUCGUAAUAACACACAACCCUGCAGCACCGAUAAUUUAAUAUUUCGUGAUAGUGAAGAAACAAUUUCAAAUGAAUUUCACAUAUAUUGCAAGGAUGAAUGGAAAUUAUCGAUGGUGGGAACUCUCAACAAUAUAGGCCAAUUUAUCGGUAUUCCAAUUGGUGGCUACAUUUCCGAUAUGUAUGGUCGGCGCACAUCGUUAAUAUUGUGUAGUUUUAUUGCCGGAAUUUUGGGUAUCAUACGUUCGUUCGCUACAUCUUAUGUAUUUUUCGUUGUGUUCGAAAUUUUAGACAGCAUCGCCUCAAGUUCGAUUUACUCAGUUUGCUUUAUUAUUGGCAUAGAGCUUGUAGGUCCGCAGAAACGAGUAUUAGCUUGCUGUUUAAUUACCGUCUUUUACGCUUUGGGUGAGAUUCUUUUGGCCCUAUUCGCUAAAUAUUACCAAAAUUGGCGAAUUUUAUUGCGCAUACUUUAUGGCCCUACAUUGGCAUUGGUCGCCUAUUUUUGGAUAUUACCGGAAAGUGUACGUUGGCUGUUAAGUCAAAAUCGUGAUGAAGAAGCCAAAUUGAUUUUGAAACAAGCAUCUGCUGUCAAUCGGUCUGAAUUGCCGGACCGUUGGUUAGAAAAACUCGUUACGGCCAAUGAUCAGAAACUUCGCAAUAGCAGUGAGAAGAAAUUUCCGAUUAGAGAAGCAUUCGAUAAAUUUUUCUGGCGCAUAGCAAACUGUUCCUAUUGCUGGAUAGUAAAUGUACUUGUGUACUAUGGUCUUAGUUUGAGCGCCGUGCUUCUCCACGAUAAUUAUUAUAUUCAAUUGGUGUUAUUUCUCUUGGGUAAAAUGGCAAUAACUGCGAGCUUUCAAGUUCUAUAUUUUUUCACAUCGGAAAUUUUUCCAACCACAUUACGCAAUAGCCUCCUGUCAUUCUGUUCGAUGAUGGGUCGUUUUGGUUCAAUGUUAGCAGCCCAGACCCCACUUCUAGCUAAAUAUUCUGAAAAUGCUCCUCCCAUAUUAUUCGCAAUUACUGCGCUCACUAGUGCUGGCUUAUCACUGUUAUUACCUGAGACGACAAACAAGAUCUUACCAAACACAGUUAAGGAAGCCAAUGACAUCGGUGGAACAAAGAAGACCAACGCAACCGCAGUAGAAGAUUUUGUUACCUAAAAAGUUCUUUUGGUAUCCAAGUUGCGUAUGUAUUUACGUCAUUGUCUAUAUAUGUAAAUUCUCCAUAAAAUUGCGUUUGAAAAAUCUGCAGGUUGGAAAAAAUAAAUAUUAACUGUGGUGUACAUAAUUUGCACAAUUCAAAUUUAUUGAAUCUUUUAUUACCUUUCAAAAGAUUCGGACACGUUAGUCCCAUUUGUCCUUCAGAAAUACGUCAAAGCUAUAUAGCGGGUAAACUAAACAUCAUUUGUUUAUCGCUUCUUCCGUCUGCCUGUAGCUGUUGCGCGACCGCAAAAUCGAUUGGAGAAUAUCCAACUCUACUAAUUAACUGACUAUGGGAGGAAGCGCAGUUCGAAAGUGAUUUGCAAAAUACCCUUACGCAACAAAAGAAGGGCUUUCAUCGUUUUCGGCCGACAUAAAUCGACCUUGACGCGAAUAUUACCUAAUCAAAUAUUUCGAUACGAAAUUUUCAGUUUAAACAUAAACAUGACAUUAAUUUCAAGUCCCUUGUUGGAAUUCUCUUUUUAAUAAUUAUUGUGUGAGUAAAAGAACAUAAGUCUAUCAUAAAAUAGGGAUGAUCAACACGUGUUCAAUCCAAUUCAGAAAUGAUUUUACGGACGAUACGAAUUUGCAGGGGUAUUGGAAGAUUCAAGAUUGAAGGAAAUCCAGCAAAAAAAUACGAAAAGAGAACUUACUACCUACCGCGUUCAAAAAAUGCCAAAAUAAAGAGUAUUUUUUAUUUAACCUCUACAGUGGCCCAAUAAAGUCUACAUGCACUGCGAAAAAUUAAGAUUUCUCCUAUUAAAAGCUACAUUUAUGGGUUGAGGCUCGA